CAGCCAGCCCAGCCCAGCGUGUUGCUAGUAUCUUUUGACAGAUUUCGAUGGGAUUGUAUUUAUUAAGUCUCAACUCCCAGUUUUCACCAUGCCAUGGAGAAUGGUGUUCAUGUCAAAAAGGUCACUAAUGUGUUUUUAUCCUAAUCAUCAUACAGUGGUAACUGGUCUCUAUGCAGAAAGACACAGUAUAAUUGCUAAUGAGAUGUAUGAUCCUAUCCUGAAUAAACUUUUUUCUCUGAACAAAACAGAUAUCCAUAACUCCAAGUUCUGAGAAGAAGCCAACCCAAUAUGGAUAAUGAACCAGGGGGGAGGACAUAAAACUGGAGCAGCUAUGUGGCCUGGAACAGAUGUGAAAAUACAUGGAGUCUUUCCUACAUAUUAUAUGCCCUACAAUUAAUCUGUUUCUUUUGGAGACGCAGUUGCUAGGCUUAUUGACUGGUUUACAUCAGAAGAACCCAUAAACUUUGGUCUCCUAUAUUGGGAACAACCUGAUGAGAUAGGCCAUAUUCUGGGCCCAGAAAACCCACUUAUGGGACUGAUAAUUAGCAAUAUUGACAAAAAGCUGGGAUAUCUUAUGUCUGAACUGAAGAAAGCAAAGCUGUGGCAUGUGAUAAAUGUCAUAAUCACAAGUGAUCAUGGAAUGUCAUAGUCCUCCGUGGAAAUGCUCAUUGAGCUUGAUCAGUACAUAGAGCUCUACAAAGUCAUUGACCAUUCUCCUCCAGUAGCUAUUUUGCCAAAAGAAGGCAAACUGGAUGAAGCUCUGGCCGAUGCUCUUCCCAGCGUGACUGUAUAUAAAAAGGAGCAGAUUCCAGAUAGAUUACAUUACAAACACAACAGUAAAACUCAGCCAAUCUUAGCAGUGGCUGAUAAAGGAUGGGAAAUUGUAUAUAAUUAGUCUGACAGUUUUCAAUUUGGUAAUCAUGGAUAUGACAACAUCCUACCAGAAAUGCAUCCAAUUUUUUCAGCAGUUGGGCCUGCUUUCAGAAAGAAUGCCACCAAAGAAGUCACGAAUGCCACAGACUUGUACCACUUACCGUACCAUCUACUUAGUAUUGACCCACUGCCAAACAUUGGUUCAUCCAAUGCUGUGGAAGAUAGACUUGCUGAAGAAGUUCCUGUAGCCUUUGGAGCAGACACCUAUGCUACUGUUCACCCAGCAGAGGGCAAAGACGGGAGCAUCUUGGCUUUAGACGUGCUCUGUCGAACUAAUGAUGUGACUAACAGUACUACUGCAAUGGGGAGGGCUGCUGGCAGACCUAGCAAGGAGCUGCAACAAGCUGACUAA